CCACGCAGGCUAAAUUUAUCCCGAGUGUGUCCGGGUUUUGACAUGGCUGAGCCCGCAGGGAAGAAGUUGAAGAGCAGCCUGCCGCUGUGCAAAGCGCACCGGAGCUCCGCGGGGAGCCGGGCCAGACAGAACCUGCAGGCCGCCGUGGAGGAGGCUCUGUGCGGGGUGAGCAGCCUGCUGUGGGACGGAGCGUACCGGCUGCAGGCUCUGGCCGUUGUGUUUGAGCGGGACGACCUCGCUCUGCCUCGCGUCGCUGCUUUCUUCCACCAGGAGGCGCUGAAGCAGCAGGACGAGGCCGAAGCCAUGCUGGGAUACCUGGCUGAGAGGGGCGGGAACUACUGCGGCAGAGACAUCCAGAAGCCGGAUUGUGAGGCGGUCGGCGCCGUGUUACCGGCUCUGGAGCUGCUGCUGCUCCAGCUGAAGGAGGAAGUGGGCGUGUUGGUGGAGCUCAGCCAGCUGGCCCGCGAGCACGGCGACCCGCACACCGCCAGCGUCGUCAAGAGCCACUUCCUGGCGCCGAGGGUGGAUCGUACCAAACUGCUGGGAGACCUGCUGACCAGCGCGCGGCGGGUGGGCUGCAGCGAUAACCAGGCGGGGGGGUUCGGGGAGUACAUCCUCAACGAGCUGCAGGACGAGCUGACCGGCUGA